CGAAAAAGAUGGCCGGAGAAGUCAAUGAUCUGGUGCCCUGUUUCUUUCUUUCUUUUUCUAAAUUUCUCACAGAUGAUUCACCUUUUGUUUGGCUUAAUGAUCAACUAAUCUCUUAUCAUCAAGUGGCUGUGACUGCUUUCAGAUCAGAUCACCAACUCUAUACUAGGUUUGGGAUUCUCUCUCUCUAAGGUAUGACCAUGUAUAUCCUCCACAAGAAUCAUUCUAUUCAAGAGGAACAUCAAUAUUAUGGUGGGGUCAAGUCAGCUCUCUAAGCAAACUUUCUCUUUUCUUUUUCUAUGCAUAAGAGGUGACCCUAAACUUUACUUCAAGGACAACAUGAAUUAAUCACCUGUUUGUUCUCUGAUCUGCAUCUAUUUGUGUGUAUGUAUAGACACACAAUGACAAUAAACAUACAUGAAAUAUUGAUUUACAUGGGCGGAAAGCUCCAAAUAUCUUCGGAGAUGAGAAGGCGUGUAUGGUAUAUCGAUGCACACAUAUUUGAGUCUGUCUUACUUAUUCUUUUUUAGGGUGAAACUUAAGCAUGUGUGGAUCUUAUGCUAAAAUAAUUAAUUAGCAAAAUCUAUAUAGCCAUAUAGGCGAUCAUGUCCAUUAUGUGCCGUCCUAGCUUUUAUUCAUUAUGAUUCUUAUAUUUGUUCUACAUAUAUAUCUUCAACUACACGUGUGGGGGAUUAUGUGAAAUGGAAGCAAAUAACUUGGCUUGGUUACAAAACAAACUCGUAUAUACGUUUGAUAUACUGUGGCACCCUAUGAAUGACUCAUGUGUGAUGAUUACCUUGUGAGUGAAGAAAUUAAAAUUAGAAAAGAAAAAAGACACGGCCAUGCAUGGAGUCAAAGACAAGACGACCAUUAUCAAUCCCUCAUGUCACUCUCCAAACCGUUUUCUACUAGACUCAGCAACCAACUUCCUCUCUCUCACUUACCUAUUUUGUAAGCAAACCCCACAACCAUCACCAUCAUCAUCAUCUUCAUUCAUCAUUCAUUCCCUCCCCAUGAAGCUUCUUUGUAAUAUUUCUCCCUCUAUAUAUAAUUAUAUAAAUCCUUUUGUAAUGAGGAACAUUGGGGGCCCUAGCAGCUAGUACAAUGAGGAAGCCCGAGAACAAGAGCAAGGUUAGAAAGGGGUUGUGGUCACCAGAAGAAGAUGAGAAGCUGACGAAGUACAUGGUGAACAAUGGACAAGGUUGUUGGAGCGAUGUGGCAAGAAAUGCUGGGUUGCAAAGGUGUGGGAAAAGUUGUCGGCUUCGAUGGAUCAAUUACUUGAGGCCUGAUCUUAAACGAGGUGCAUUCUCACCCCAAGAACAGGACCUCAUCAUCCAUUUGCAUUCCCUUCUUGGAAACAGAUGGUCUCAAAUAGCGGCACGCUUGCCAGGGCGAACUGACAAUGAAAUCAAAAACUUUUGGAACUCCACAAUCAAGAAAAGACUCAAGAACUUGUCAACAACCUCAACCUCACCAAAUGCAAGCGAAUCCACUUCUGAGCCUAACAAAGACCACAACAUGGGAGGGUUUAAUAUUUCUGCACAACAUCAAUAUGCAAGCUACAUGCCCAUGUUCAAUUCAUAUCCAUCAUCACUAUCAAUGCAAACCACCACAGUUCUCAACACCAUGAUUGAAGGGUUGCCUAUGCUGGAGCAUGGAAUUAUAAACAUGCCACCUAAUGGAGGAUACUUCAACAGUACAGGACCAUGCUUCUCACAAAGUGGAGUAGUUGAAAAUGACAAUAAUGGAGUGCUUGGGAGUGUAAAUAUUGGAGUAGAAGGGGAUGUGUUUGUUCCUCCUCUAGAGAAUUAUGUUAGAAAUUCUUGUACUAACCAUAACCUGAUCAGAGUGGAGAGUAUGCGCAAGAAAGAAACUAACAAUAGUUACUUUGAUGACAUAAACAACAAUAUCCUUCAUAAUAAUUGCCACAAUAAGAAAUCUGAAAAUGGAGUAGAGAAUUUAUUUCAAGAACAGUUAACCAUGGGAGAGUGGGACUUUGAGGAGUUGAUGAAAGAUGUUUCUUCCUUUCCGUUUCUUGAUUUUUCAACCUGAUCCAAUCACAGUUCUCCUUUUCCUCUCCCCCCUCCCCCUUAUAAGACCUUCUGGGGAUCCCAAUUGCCAAGUUAAAACCUCCAGAAACUAUGAACUUCUAUAAAGAGUGAUCUCCUUACACCUUGUAACAUAUUUUGGCCAUUAUACCAAUUUACAAAUUAACGAGUGCAAGUAGGUCAGAAAUUAAAGUCCAACCUAUAUUCCUGGAUAUCCACAGAUGAUAUCGUGUAAUUAAUCUUGCAAGUAAAUUUGUGUAUUAUCAUGAUAUACACUGAAAUUGUAGUUAAUUACAAUAAUCUUUUAUCUGUGAAAAGAAGCCUGAAUAAAUUUUUGACACAUUAUUUUCUUUGUUCAACUCAAUUUCUUGAGGAUAGUAUUUGUACUUGUUAUUAUAUAUCAAAUUGUUAACCUGAAUUAAUAGGCUUU